AUGUCGGUUGCUUCGCCGACAUCUACACCGGAUCCCAAUAAUGGUACUGGCUCUGGUAGUAACAGCCAACCACUGUUAUUCUUCGUCGCCUUGGGGUUUGGCGUGGUCUUCACUAAUCUUUGGAUCAUCGUCGGCGUGAAAUACUGUUUUCGCUACAACCAGCGCCAUAGACAACUCCGAAACGAAGAGACAGGCGACCCAAUUGAUCUCAUGGCUGUCCCAAGAACCCACAGACGACGGAGGGAAAAGAAACUGAUGACCAUGGACGAGGUCAACAAUCGAUUUCCACUCAUAAAGUACAAAACAUGGCGUGCAUCGCGAGCGGACGAAGGACUGCCUACUGCCGGUGGGAUCGAGGCGCCAUCCGGAAGCAGGCCUGCGAGCCUGAAGCGUGCCUCUGGGGCCUUUACUGAUGCAACUGACAGUCAAACAAUUGCGAAUCGCGCAGAGCCGUCUACUAUUGUCCCCGAAGAAUCAGAAACCAAAGAGGGCAAGUCCGAGAAGGAGACAUUGCAAAAGCCUUUGGAUAUUAGGACGCCUGCAGAGCAUCCAAAAGAACUACCAGCAAAAGCCACAGCCAUGGACGGAAGCCACCUAGAUGAUGAUGAUGAUGACGAUCAUGAUGAUCCGAUCCAUGCAGCCGUGCCUGCUGAGCUACUUGCGAACCCUGGUGAUUCCUGCGCUAUCUGCUUAGACGUCAUUGAAGACGAUGAUUAUAUUCGCGGAUUGGCGUGCGGCCAUGCUUUUCAUGCUUCUUGUCUCGACCCUUGGCUUACCAGCCGCCGAGCGUGUUGCCCGCUAUGCAAAGCGGAUUACUAUGUUCCUAAACCUCGACCUGAUGGGUCUGAUGGCAACCAGGAGCAUGGUCGACGAAACAACAAUCCAGCAGAGCCAGAGCCGGCAUUAAUCGGCGGCCGCCUACGUCCGUUUUCAACAAGGAUGGUACUUCCAGGGCGCUUCAUCUCAAUUGCGCCAUCAGCCGAUCGGCAGAACUCCCGCACGACUGGGGAAACUCGAUCUAGCCGACGUCCAACCGCUCCUAGAGAUACUCCGAAUACUACUUCACAUCAGGGUACCUCGCCAUGGUCAUCGUGGAGAUCAAGAUUGCCUCCGUUGGCUGCUGCGCGGAUUAACCUCCCGUCGCUUAGCAGGUCACGUGCGCCGGAUACCAGUGGACAGAACACUGAACCCACUCCUAACCAACUCGAAUCCGGCACAAGGUGA